AUGAAGGUUCUAGCAGUUUUAUGGACAGUGUCUUUACUGGGAAUAUGCAGUGCAAGUUGUUGUGGAAGCGAUGUUACAGAUGGUGAAACACUUGAUAUCGCAAAUCCAGAUAAGAACAACUUUCUCAUACAGGGUGGGAAAUUAGGAACACUUUAUCUCCACAGAUCUGGUAAAGAAAUAACUGAGAUAUUUUACGGUAGAAGUAAAAUAUGGAAAGCUAAAGAUGGACAAGGGUGUAAAUGGGUUGAAGUAGCUAUUGAUAAUAAGGGAAAUGGAAUGGCAUAUCCUACUAUGAAAAACAAAGAAUACACAAAAAUCCCCUUUAACACUACUGUAAAUAACACUGAAGAUAGUUCUGUAUCGAAUCCAUCAGGUGAUAGUCCAGCAAAUGAAGACAGAAAUGGAGGAAGUAACCUAAAUCUACAAGGUAGUAACAAUGGUAAUAAGACUCAGAAGGAUACCAAACAAUAA